CCCCCGUCCCCGCACCUCUCUGUUGUUUAUGUGCCCGUACUCGUAUCGAAGCAUUUCAUUGGUUCCACGUGUACACCCACAGAGUUUUGACCAAUGGCCGGGAGGUUUACUAAUUGGCGGGCAGCUACUGUCCUCUCCUGCUUGCAGACGUCUCGGAUCCUUGACUUAUUGCAACAAAGGAUGAUGAAUACGUUUGAGUUCCUCUUCUGUUCCUGAGCAGUGGGCCGCCAGCCCGCCACCACUGAAUGUCCCGCUGAAGUGUCAGAAAACCAGAGCAGGUCUCCGGGCGAUGGACGAACCCGUCAAAGGUUCCCCACAGUAACAGCAGAGGAGCCGCUUUAAAGAUACCAAAAUGAUUCGAAUUGCAGCUCUAAACGCCGCUUCGACGGCCGCCGACGAGUCGCAGGACCCGCUGAGGAGCAGCAAGAGUCAGACAAAGGAGGCUCAGGAAGCGGAGGCUUUCGCGCUGUACCACAAAGCUUUGGAUCUCCAGAAACAUGACAAGUUCGAGGAGUCUGCCAAGGCCUACCAUGAGCUUCUGAAAACGCCGCUGCUCAAAGAGGCCAUGCCCUCAGAAGACCAAAGAGUGGGUCUCAAGCAUCCUGGACUGAUGCUGAAAUACUCCACGUUUAAAAACCUGGCUACUAUGGCGGCAUCACGGGAGGACUUGGAGAAAGCAAUGGAGUUUUAUCUGGAGGCCGUCAUGUUGGACUCCACCGACGUGAACAUGUGGUAUAAAAUCGGCCAGGUGGCUGUGCGACUUGUGCGCAUCCCUCUAGCUCGUCACGCGUUUGAGGAGGGCCUGCACUGCAACCCCGACCACUGGCCAUGCCUGGACAACCUCAUCACUAUCCUGUAUGCCCUUAGUGACUAUACUUAUUGUUUGUACUUCAUUGCCAAAGCCCUGGAGAAGGACCAUUGCUACACCAAAGGCCUGGUGUUAAAGGAAAAAAUCUUUAAGGAACAGCCUUGUUUGAAGAGGGAUACGAUGCAAAUGUUCACAAAAUGCGACGUGUCCGUUCACUACGUGGAGGUGGAGGACGAAGAGCGCAGAUCUGUCAUUGAGGAGGCUCUGGAGAUACGGAGGCGCAGACAGGCUCUGUCUCACUGUGAACCCAAAGCAGACCUUGUCCUGAGUCAGCCCAUACACUGCUUCUCAUGGAAGCACGUCGGCGAAAGCUUCCUCGCUAUGUACAAACAUCAGACCACCUGCGAACCUCCACGGCCCAGCCUGGGCCACAGAGUUGACCUGUCGGCGUACCGCGACCCCACCUUCCCUCAGAACCUUCCCCAGCCCAGCAGCCCCGUCAGUAUGGGCCUGACCACCGUGCUGAGCAGCCCCAGUUCUUCCCUGCCACCAGUGACCUUCAACGAGCCCGCAGUCCUCCCCCAGCCUGGUGCUCAACCUCAAAUCACCCUCAGCCAGACCACUGUGGAGGUCACCACUACAGCGCCCCCUGCUGCUGCAGGCAUGGAGAUUUCCCUGGCAGAUAAAGCGAAGAAGGGUCCAAAAAGGAAACGUACGGUGGAGGAUAGCGGUGAGACGGCCAAACGCCGCUCGGCACGUGUUCGCAACACAAAAUGCAAGAAGGAAGAGAAGAUAGACUUUCAGGAGCUUCUUUUUAAAUACUUACCGUCCAGGCUGAAGAAGUUUGACCCUGAUAACGACGAUGAGAGCUUGGGGAAUCCUGAGACGCAGAGUGACGGGAAGGAUGACGUUCAGCCUUAUCAUGGGAGCUGCUUACCAGCUGACUCAGUGGCACCGAUGGAAUCUGAGCAACAAGAUGUCCACAACUUCCUGAUCAACAAUUUAACCAAUGGGGGUAUCCUGGAUCUGAUGAUGCGCUAUCUGAAAGCGGUCGGUCAGAAGUUCAUGGAGGAGUGGCCGUGGGGGCUGACCGCUGUGGUGCUGGAGGUCUAUCAGACCUGGAGGAAGCACAGCAUGGGCUUGCCCAACCCUCUCCUUCGGGACUGCAGCAACCAGCACAUCCGGGAAAUGAUUACAAUGAGCCUGGCCUGUAUGGAGUUGCAGCUGGAACAGUGGCUGCACAACAAAGGGAAGAUUGAUGGAGAGUUUGUGCGAUUUUCUUCUGUGACAACUAUGAUGCAGGAAGCAAGGAUAAAUCCAGGAAGAAACGGCGGCGGUCCCGGCGGCGACGCGUCUGACUCGGAGUUCCCGGGGCAACACUUCCAGGGCGACUUGUUCGUCCUGGCCCUCGGUUCUUCCCAGAGAGAUCUGUUCGAGAAGGACUGGUUGGACGUCAUGGUGCGCGUCUACUGGCUCAAAGCGCGCUUUUUGGCUCUGCAGGGAGAUAUGGAGUUGGCGCUUGAGAGCUACGACGUAUGCAUAGGCCUGCUGCAGAGCAAACCGAAGACCGCUGACGGGAAGCAUUAUACGAUCAAGCUGCCAAACCUUCGUGUAGACGCAGCCAUAUCUGUGGAGGAGAUCGACAAGAGACUGAAGUCGUUGGAGCGUUGUCAGUCCUUAGAGGAGAUCCAGCGUCUCUUUGAGGCCGCAGACUUUGAGUCUGUUGUGCGUCUGCUGCAACCCACUCUUAAUUAUGAAAACAGGAGCAAAUCUCUGGAGUUCGUGAGCUCCACCCCAGAGCGUCCCGCCCAGCUGAUGCUCCUGCAGAACUCCCUGUUGAAGGUGCAGGACUACCGGCAAUGCUUGGAGUGCAGCGAGCUGGCUUUGAACGAGGCCCUGCAGCAGCUCAACUCUGCUCCAGGCGGUUCUGCUCCCAGCAAGGAAGAGUGGGUCAGCACCAUCAGAAAGCUGCUGGAUGGCGUCGAGAUCUGCUUCACGAAGGAACCCGAGCUCCUGAGCAAAAUCCCUCACUUCUCAAGCAUGGCUCGGCUGGCAAACAAUCUAAUUCAGCUGAUUGAUCUUAGCAUGAGUACCUCAGAUGAUCCCAAGGAGCCGUAUUUCUUCUCAGUUGUGCCUUGGAUUAUCUUGUAUCGCAUUAUCAAACACGAGGAGGCGGCCUUUGACUGUAUGCUUCGGCAGCACGUGUCUUUAGAUGACGACGAAGAUGAACCUGAAACUCCCAUGCUUCCCUCCUCUCUGAUGCUUUUGAGUACGGCUCACGAGUAUCUGGGUCGUCGAUCGUUAUGCUGCAGCUCAGACGGCGCCCUCCUCAAGUUCUUUAUUCGCGUAUUGGAGAAAGAAUUUGCUGCUCCCACCUCCAGUGACUCUCAUCCCUACAAAGAAGAGCUGGAAAUGGCCUUGGAGCAGUGCUUUUUCUGCUUAUACGCCUACCCCAGUAAGAAGAGCAAGGCACGUUACCUCGAGGACCACUCGUCUCCACAGGUUGAGCUUCAGUGGAGCGACGCGCUCUUCAUGUUCCAGUACUUCAAACCAAAGUCCCUGCCGGAGUUCGACAGCUACAAGACGAGCACGGUGUCGGCAGAGCUGGCCAAUCUGCUGAGGAGAUUCGCGAGCAUAGCGCCCCCAAGCGAGACCCCCACCUUCACCACGGACGAGGUGGCAGCCUACAUCGAGGACAUGACGGAAAAGGUCCCGUCCCUUCCGGCUGGCAGCCCCCCCGCGCCCCCGAUCAUCAAUGAGAUCUACUACCUGCUGGCUGAUUAUCACUUCAAGAACAAGGAGCAGUCCAAAGCCAUCAAGUUCUACAUGCAUGACAUUUGCGUGUGUCCCAACAGGUUCGACUCCUGGGCAGGCAUGGCUUUAGCCAGAGCCAGCCGCAUCCAAGAGAAGCUCAACUCCAACGAGCUGAAAAGCGACGUUCCCAUAUGGAAGCACUCCCAGGCUGUGCUGAACUGCUUCAAGCGGGCCCUGGAGAUAGACAGCUCCAACCUGUCGCUGUGGAUCGAGUACGGGACCAUAUCGUACGCGCUGCACACGUUUGCUUCCCGGCAGCUCAAACAAUGGCGAGUGGAGCUCCCUCCAGAGUUUGUUAAACAGAUGGAGGAGAGAAGAGACUCCAUGCUGGAGACGGCGUUUCAGUGCUUCCAGGGCGCCUCCCGCUGUGAGGGUGACAGCGAUGAAGAAGAGUGGCUUAUUCACUACAUGCUGGGGAAGAUAGCCGAGAAGCGCAGAAAGCCCCCCGUCGAAUAUCUGCAGCUUUACAAAAAGGCGGCGCAAUAUCUGCACGAAGAAGCUGCCAGGUACCCGCGGAAAAUCCACUACCACAAUCCUCCGGACCUGGCUAUGGAGGCCCUGGAAUUGCAUUUCCGUCUGAGUGCCUCCAUCCUGAAGUUGCUACACGGUACCGAGCCUGAUCUGGAUCACGAGGUUUUGUUUAACUUGCUGGUCGAAGCGGCGACCGGGCCAUUUGCAAAGGGGGAAGAGAAGAGCAUGCCGAGCUUGCCCAGGUCCAAUGAAAAAGAGAAACCCGCUUCAAUGACGGAGGAAGAAUUUAACUGCUCCUCCGUUUGCAUAGGGAACGUCCUCAGCCCCUCCCUUCCCUCCGCCGCCACCCCAGGUGUGACAUCCCCUCCUUACGUGGCCACGCCAUUUGACCACGAUUACGCCAAACGCAAAACACUCCGAAGGCAACAGUGGCAGCAGCAACGGCAUGAGGAGCAGCAGGCUGAUGCCUCACCAGGGUUUGACCAUGAAUACUGCCUGCCCAGGUCUGCAAAAUGGCUGGCUUCCUUCAAUGAGCAAAGCCAGGACAGCGAGGUGGUGUUGCUUUCUGACUCCAACUCCACCCAGGACGCCUUCACGGAUCCCGCCAGCUCACAGGACACCAGCCACAGGCCUGCCUCCGUCAAAGCCAGUCCGUCGUCGUCAGAAAGCACGACCCCCGUGAAGGACAGGCAGCCCCCCUCUGAGGACGCAGUCUUACAUAGAGACCAAUCAGGCGUCCAGACAGAGGAGAAGGUUAUUCAGGAGAAGGUGGUGAGCGCGGUGGCGGAGGUCCCGGAGGGAUCGGCUCCUAAGGUCUCUGCCGACCCCUGCCCUCCUGCCCCCGCCUCCGCCACGGCCACGCCGCCGAAGCCGGCAGCCUCCCAGCAGGGCGCCGCUCAGACCCCAGCCAGCGAGGGCAAGAAGAAGCCCGAGCCCCCCGCCGAGGCGAUCGAAGUGCCCAAAGCGCUGCCUGCGGAACGAGCGGAUCAGAGGCGAAUGCUGGUGGAGAUGUGUGUGCGUGCUCUGUUUCUGUGCCUCAGCCGCUUCCCUCAGCACUACAAGAGUCUCUACCGCCUGGCCUACUUCUACACCAACAGCAAGACUCAUCAGAACCUACAGUGGGCCCGAGAUGUGUUGCUAGGAAGCAGUGUCCCAUGGCAACAGCUGAAGCACAUGCCAGCACAAGGACUUUUCUGUGAAAGAAACAAGACGAACCUGUUCAACGGCAUCUGGCGAAUUCCAGUAGAUGAGAUUGAUCGCCCAGGAAGUUUUGCAUCUCAUAUGAACCGAUCCGUCGUCCUCUUGCUGGAGGUGCUGUCUCAGCUCAAGGAUCACAACACACUGCUAAAAGUCUCUUUCAUGCUACACAAAAACCCUGACCAGGGAAAGAAAUAUUUACGGGAUGUUGAUCGCCAGGUUUUGGCCAAGAGAGCAUUUUUCCUAACUGUAAAAGUCCUGGAGGACAAUCUAAGCAGUCUCACCGGGGUGUCUGAGCAGCUUCACAAAGCGCCCGCACCCUCCAUGGGGGAGAUGACCACGACGGACACAUCCAGCAGGCCCAGUCCGGAGGACAGCAAACACACGCUGCCUAAAAAGCCCGGGCUUACCGAGGGAGCCUGCGUCGCUGAUACUGGGCCCAGAGAAGCCUCGCAGGCUCAGCUAACCCCAACGCCACCGUCAGCAGAUAAAGGGAGUAUAACUCAAGAGGGCUUUCCCGGGAAGGCGGAGACUGUUUUGAAUGAAGGGAACAAAGGAGGGCCAGACGAACUGAUGGAAAUGGAAACAUGUCUCUGGAGGAAGCCCUCCACGACCACAGACUCUCAGGGCAACCAAACGGAGGCCGAGGCCUCCCCGAGUGGCUUGGACGCCCAGCCGAAAGUGGCCGAAACCAGCCGGGCACCGGAGCUGUCUCUGGAGGAGCUGAGCAUCAGCUCAAGACAGCAGCAGCUGCAGGUGGCUGCGCCAAAAGCGGCGGUGGCAGCAGGUGGGACCGAUCAGGCCUUACUACGAAAACCAAACAGGAAAAGGAAACUUAUAGAGGAUGUGGAGUCCGGAAAAACCCUGCUGCUUGACGCCUACAGAGUGUGGCAGCAAGGGCAGAAGAUCAUGACCUACGACCUGGGACGCGUUGAGAAGAUAAUGUCUGAGACGUACAUGCUCAUUAAACAGGUCGAUGAAGACGUAGCUCUGGACCAGGCAGUGAAGUUCUGCCAGAUCCAGAUGGCCACCUCGGCACAGAGACAGUCAACAGGCGAUGCCCCGACCACGCCCAAGUACGCCAAGGAGCACAGAGACAUCUUCUUCCCUGCCUCCCUGCCGACGCCCGUCCUGCUCAGUCACCCUUCCUGCCACCCGCUGUCAACCCAGGAUGGCCAGGCCAAAGGGGCCGGAGAGCCCCUCAGCAAGAUGUCCAGACCUCAGAGCUCAGGCUUCCAUGAUCAGCUGCAGCAGAGAAGAGCAGGUGGCCAGUCUGCUGCCGCCGUGGCCUUCCUCCCGCCUGCAGAGGAGCGGGAGGAGCCCUCAGAGGGGCUGCUGUACCGCCAGCAGGAGUCCCACCUCUGUCAGCGGAUGAAGCUGGCCACGGUCUCCCAGGGACAAGAACCUUCAGCUGGUUGGUUUCAGGAGGAAACCGCCACAUGUAGCACCACGCAACCUUGUUCAGACCAGCAGCAGUAUGCCAGCAGUGAGCAGUGCAAGCUUCCAGACCCCAGCCGAAUCCGCUCCAGAGUCCCAGCAAACAUGCCAAAGCUUUUCAUCCCCUCCACCGUCACCAAGUUCCCCCCAGAAAUCACCGUAACACCUCCGACGCCCACGCUGCUCUCCCCCAAAGGCAGCAUCUCAGAGGAAACCAAGCAAAGGCUGAAGAACGUUAUCUUGUCGUCCCAGUCUGCCGCCACCGUCAAGAAGGACACGCUGACCCAGCCGGUGCUGGAGGUGCAGGAGACGUCCAGCCAGGAGUCGUCUCUGGAGAGCGAGUCGGACGAGGAGGAGGACGACGACAUGGACAUCUGAGCUGAAGCUCGGCUCCAGUCUCAUCUGGCUCCAUUUUUUUUAUUUUAUUUUUUCCAAAGAAAUUGUCGAUUCCUCAGCAGCUGCCUGUGUUGACGCUUUGGUUCCCUCACGUGCCGUAUGACGGAAAGCUCUGCUCCAACCAGAUGAGAUGCAGUGUAGUGUUGCCGUGGUCGGUGGUGUUGCUGCAUGGCAGACCGACACGUGCCACCAGCGCAGAGCACACGUCGGCUUCUUCAGCUCUCUUGCUUUACCCCCACCCCCCCCCCCCCCCCGAUCUGGCAAAAAAAGAAGAAGAAAACCAGACUUUGCCUUUAACGGCUACCAGCGACAUGUUUAUGCAUCUUUAAUAUGUUGUGUGCUGAUUGUUUUCUCUCCGAGCUGCAGCUAAACCGCUCGUCUUGAGCUCCCCCCCCCCAUCUGAGGUCGCCUCGGUCUGGACCGACGCUCAGCAGCAUGCACUUUCUCUCCACUCCGGCGUCUCAAAAGACGAACGCCGAGGUGAAAGCGAGGACAGCCGGCCGCAUCCUGGCUCCAUCUGUGGAGCCAGCGAUCCGCAAAAAGCCUCCUCACCUGUAGCAGACUGAAAAUGUUUACACUGAACACUUGGGAUGUUUUUCAGUUGGCACAUUUAACUUUGUGCUCCUUUUUUUUGUUUUUUGUACUGACUGUAUUUCUUGUAAUAUUCUAUUGUUUUCUCUUUUUUGUGUGCAUUUGUAGCUACGAAACACUUCUUGCCAGGAUGACGUCCUGUCACCAGCACUGAUCUGAUCUGAACGGCGACAAUAGAGGCUUUCACUUAUUAGGAAUUCCAAAAAAGGAACGAAAAAUAAUCUUCUUUGAAUGUUUAGCUUUGUUGGAUGGAGGGUUGAGCUGGAGAGGGGUGCACACGUGGUGAGACCGUAAAACAUUAGGGUGCGGGUUCUACGCCGCCAUCUCACCCGGCGUCAGGGGAACCCAUAUGCAUGAUUAUGAGGACUCUGCGAUCCCGAUGCCUUUCCACUGAACUCGUUUAAGGAGAAUUUGUCACAUUUCUUGCCUAACUCAGAGGAAGACGCACAGAAUGUUUUUUACAGAUAGUUUUCUAUAAAAAGAAAGACUUAUUAUGUUUCCUGAAAGCCGCGUGAGGUCAUUUUUAAAGAAAAGAGAAAAAAAAGGGCACAAAUGGAAAAAAAAAACAAUCCCCCGUACGAGAGGGAAAAAACUGCUUUGUGUUUUAGUUUGUCGUUCAUUUGGAGGGUUUGUGAGGUUGCUGUGAUGGGCUUUUGGAGCUGAAGCAGUCGGCGGGUUUAAGUCCUGAGGCCACUCCAACAUGUUCUCUGUGUCUGGACUGAAUGAAUUAUUGAUGUCAAACCAAAUAUAUAUAUAUUUGAGAAACGCAUUUGUUGUUUCGAGUCUUUAAAUCCAAACAAAUCAAACCGCUUUCUUGUCAUUUUGUUGUAUUUGUAACACAGAGGCAACUUUAUAAAUUAAAGGAACUAUAAGUGACAUUUCACCACUAGGUGUGCUGUUGAGCACCUGGGAAACCAGA